CCCGGCUGUGUUUAUGGAAUUCCCAUUCAUUUCCUGGUAGAAUUCAGAACAUAGCUGAACACCCAGAAGCGAAGUCAGUUUCGCAGCUUGUAGUAAUCAAAUGUUAAUGUAGCAUCAAGCUUUACUGCCGACAAUGAUUCCUUACACUGUCAACAUCAAACUCGCUGCUCGGACGUUGACUGGCACGCUUAAUUUGCAAAAUAAAACAGCCGUUGACUGGGGAUGGCAGGGACUAAUAGCACAAGGAUGCCACUCCAGUAUUCUCAUAAUUGAUCCAAAGACUGCUCAGACCAUCCAGGUCCUGGAGAGGCACAAAACAAAUGUUGUCAAGGUGAAAUGGUCAAGAGAAAAUUAUUACCACAACUUGAGCUCUCCCUACUGUCUGCGGCUCGCCUCAGGAGAUGCAUCAGGGAAGAUCAUAGUGUGGGACGUGGUCAGCGGCACAGCUCACUGCGAGAUCCAGGAGCACUCCAAACCUAUUCAGGAUUUGGAGUGGUUGUGGAAUCAGGAUGCAUCUCGUGAUCUCCUGUUGGCCGUUCAUCCUCCUAACUACAUUGUUCUGUGGAACGGAGACACGGGUACCAAGUUGUGGAAGAAGAGCUAUGCUGAGAAUAUCCUGUCAUUUUCAUUCGACCCCUUUGAUCCGUCUAACAUGGCAUUGCUGACGAGUGAAGGAAUAGUUUUCGUCACUGAUUUUUCCUACUCUAAACCGCCAAGCAGUGCUGGCAAAAAGGUCUACAUUGCCAGUCCUCAUGCAAGCCCAGCACACACCAAACCUGCGCCUGCUGCUGCCCCAGCGCCUACUGGUGCCAAGAAGGCCCUUAAUAAAGUCAAAGUGCUCAUCACCAAUGAAAAACCCACUGCAGAGGCAGUGACGCUGAACGACUGUCUGCAGCUGUCCUACCUGCCGUCCAAAAGGAACCACAUGCUGCUGCUUUAUCCCAGAGAGAUUUUAAUCCUGGACCUGGAGCUCAGCCAGACAGUGGGCGUGGUGGCCAUUGAGCGCUCGGGGGUCCCCUUCACCCAGGUAAUUCCCUGCGCUCAGCGCGAUGCCCUCUACUGUCUGCAUGAGAACGGUUGCAUCACUCUGCGGGUGUGCCGCUCAACAUCUUCUCAAGAGGAAGCAGCAGACCCAGAACAGAUUGUCCAGGAACUUGUUUAUGACCUGCGCUCCCAGUGUGAUGCCAUAAGAGUCACUAAGACGGUCCGGCCAUACCGGAUGGUUAUUUGCCCUGUAAACGAGAACAAAGCUGCUCUCAUGGUCAGCGAUGGAAGAGUCAUGCUCUGGGAGCUAAAAGCACACACUGGACGGUCUGUUGCCAACCCAAGUUCUGGUCUGUCGCCUCUCUUCUCCCCUGUGUCGUUUUGUGGAGCUCCUCUCGGUCCAAACCAAAAAAGAAUCCAGGAUCUUUCUCUCAACAGCAUGAUCAGUCAGACAUUGAUUGGUGGUGAGGCUCCUCCUCCAUCAUCAAACCAGCAGGAGGUCCAGCUGAAGUUCCUGCUCACCAGCCUCCUGUCUGGUCUGCCGCUGCCGCCGUUUGCCAUCCGCAUGUGUCCACCUCUUACCACUAAAAACAUCAACCACUAUCAACCGCUACUGGCUGCAGGCACCAGCAAUGGGUCUGUACUGGUGUACAACCUGACCAGUGGUCUUCUGCACAAAGAACUCAGUGUGCACUCCUGUGAAGUCAGGGGGCUUGAAUGGGUGAGUUUGACCAGCUUCCUGUCUUUUGCCACUUCUUCCCCCAACAACAUGGGCCUGGUGCGAAAUGAGCUCCAGCAUGUUGACCUCCCUACUGGCAGAUGUUUUGCAUUCAGAGGUGAGCGGGGGAACGAUGAGCUGCCCAUCGAAAUGAUUAAAGUGUCUCAUCUCAAACAAUACCUGGUGGUGGUGUUCAGAGACAAACCCUUGGAGCUGUGGGACAUCAGGACAGGGACACUGCUCCGAGAAAUGGCCAAGAACUUUCCCACUGUCACUGCGCUGGAAUGGUCCCCAUCCCACAAUCUGAAGAGUCUGAAGAAAAAGCAGAUAGCAGCGAGGGAGGCCAUGGCCCGACAGACCGUGUCAGAUGCAGAACAGAGUAGUGUUGAGUCCUCAGUCAUCAGCCUUCUGCAAGAUGCUGAGAGCAAAUCAGAAACCAGCCAGGCCAUCUCAGCCAGGGAGCACUUUGUGUUCACAGACACUGAUGGGCAGGUCUAUCACAUCACUGUGGAGGGCAACACGGUGAAAGACGGAGCACGAAUCCCCCCUGAUGGUAGCAUGGGCAGUAUCGCCUGCAUUGCCUGGAAAGGCGACACUCUGGUGCUUGGAGAUGUGGAUGGCAAUCUCAAUUUCUGGGACCUUAAAGCUCGUUUGUCAAGGGGGAUUCCGACACAUCGGGGCUGGGUGAAGAAGAUCCGCUUCGCUCCUGGUAAGGGCAACCAAAAGCUGCUGGUUAUGUACGCAGAUGGAGCAGAAGUCUGGGACACCAAGGAGGUCCAAAUGGUCAGCAGUAUGCGAUUUGGACGCAAUGUGAACUACCGCAUCCUAGACAUCGACUGGUGCACAUCAGACAAAGUUGUGUUGGCUUCAGACGACGGCUGCAUCCGAGUGUUGGAGAUGGCCAUGAAGUCCGCCAGUUACCGGAUGGACGAACAGGACCUGACUGACCCAGUGUGGUGUCCUUACCUGCUGCUACCACGGGCUGCCCUCACUCUUAAGGCUUUCCUUCUCCUGCAGCCCUGGUCCGGGACCUUCACUAUGGACAUCACUCAGGUAGAUUACAGUGAAAAAGUCGAGAUAAAAGGGCUGAUCCAGGAGCAGCUCAACUCACUGUCAAAUGAUAUGAAGAGCGUGCUUCAGGACCCAGAGCUCAGUCUUCUGCAGCGAUGCCUGUUGAUCUCGCGGCUGUUUGGGGAUGAGUCCGACCUUAACUUCUGGACAGUGGCGUCCCACUACCUGCAGCUGUUUGCACAGGCUCAUCAGCUAAGCGUGAUCACUGAAGGAGGGAGUGAAGAAACCCAGCCGUCAUCUCAAAACCAUCUGGACAUUUGCCACGACAUCUUGUGCGAAAGUUCUUACUUCCAGAAGUCCCAGCUGGACCGAGUUCACUUGCAGGAGGUGAAGCGGUCCAGUUAUGAACACACCAAGAAAUGUGCUGAUCAGCUCCUCCUGCUGGGUCAGACUGACCGGGCAGUGCAAUUACUGCUGGAGACAAGUGCAGAUAACCCCAGCUACUACUGUGACUCACUCAAAGCCUGCCUAGUGACCACCAUCACCUCCUCAGGUCCCUCACAGUCUACAAUCAAACUAGUGGCCACUAAUAUGAUCGCUAAUGGCAAACUUGCAGAGGGAGUCCAGUUGUUGUGUUUGAUCGACAAGGCAGCGGAUGCCUGCCGCUACCUGCAGACCUACGGGGAGUGGAACCGAGCUGCGUGGCUUGCUAAGGUUCGCUUGAAUUCAGCAGAAAGCUCCGACGUGCUGAAGCGCUGGGCAGAACACCUGUGCUCCCCUCAGGUCAACCAGAAAUCCAAAGCCAUCAUGGUGCUACUGUCCCUGGGCUGCUUUUACAAAGUGGGAGAGAUGCUGCACAAUAUGAGGUACUUUGAUCGUGCUGCCCUCUUCAUUGAGGCUUGUCUGAAAUACGGUGUAAUGGAGGCCAACGACUCUUCCAAUAAACUCAUUGAGGCUGCAUUUUUGGACUAUGCACGGCUGUUGCGUUCGCUGGGCCUGCGGGAGGGUGCCGCUUUGUGGGCGUCACGAGCCGGCAGCGCCGGAGAGCAGCUGAUGGAGGAGCUCUUCCAAGGAGAAGGAGGCGUUCCCGAAGCUGUCCUUGAUGAAGACAAAGUGGAAGUGGGACUGGAGAGCACAGAGUAAAUGGAUGAGAGGCUCCUCUGAUUCUUUCAUAAAUUCAUCGGGAACGAACUCUAGAUCAGCAUCCAGGAAACUCAUGGUGAUCAUCUCUGCAUCAUUGAAGAGAAAAUAUAUGUGAGGUGUUUAUUCUUUGUAAGGUUUUUACUGGAGACUAUCUGUGGCUGUUAUGAGGUUGAGUUUUCUUAACACUUGAUGUAAACAGUGUGUGUUUGUGUUCAUCUAUAAAUGCAUGUAACAGCCCAAGAAGAAACACACUUACUGUCCCCAUCACCUGACUGUCACUCCAUGUUGCUUAGCACAUUUAAAGCCCUGAAUGCUUCUUUUCUGGAUGGUUACUUUCUUUGCUAGUAUUGGUGAGUACUGCUGCAGCUCCUUGGGAGUCACUGAAAAAAAGGAUCUCUGUCCUUUUGAAAAUGUUGUGUAACUGUGCCCCAUGGGGGACCUUCUUGAUUUAAUAAUUGCACUUUUAAUUUUUCACCUAAGAUUUUAUCAUUUGAAUGGAGAACUUGUUUUAACUGUCCAUGUAAUCAUGCACAGAUACACAAACACAAAUCAAUUUGUUCUCGACUCAUUCACUAGAACCUUUUGCUACACAGGCAUCUCUACUUGUUCCAGUCUAAUGGUGAUUAAGUUAUACACCUAGGCCACCCUGUUCUGGUUAGACACUUAUCAGGUUGAUAUCUGAGGACUGGUACCAGAGUGAUGCAGGUAAUCAGAUAUACACCAUUCCAAUUAACUUCAGGGAAUGCUUUGGCUGUUUUUAUGGAGACCUGCAAAAAUAGUUUGCUGUCUGUGUAUUUCUGAUGUUUCUGUAAUGAAGUUCUUCUGUGCUGUUGACUACAAACAGAGCUGUCAAACUGUGUUCACCAGACCUCUGAAACAUACAGUAUAACCAGUCUGUGCUGCUCCCGUCGCUGCUUAUCACAAUUACAAAACCUGACUUCCUGAAAUGAUGCCUUGCAUUCAUGCCCCUUGGACUUCUUUACAACUACAAAAUUCUUUGUACUUUAUUGGGAAUAUACAUGAUGGACCAACACAAAGUAACACAUACAUAAUUGGAAGUACACUCUCAGCAACAAGUCUGUCCCCCAACUUCGCAUAUCUAGAGACUGAAAAAAAAAUUCUGCCCGUUAUCAGAAUAGCUCAAGCUCAGUCAGAUUGGAUGGAGAGCUUCUGAACAUCUAUUUUCAAGUCUUGCCACAGAUGUGCAACUACAUUUAUUUCUGUGCUUUGACUGGGCCAUUCUGACGUGAAGAUGCUUUGAUCUAACUGAUUCCAUUGUACCUCAGGAUGUGUGUUUAGUGAUGUUCUACUACUGGAAGGUGAACCUCCAGCCCAGUCUCGAGUCCUCUGCAGCCUCUAACAACCUUUCUUCCAGGAUUGUCAUGUAAUUGUUUCCAUUCAUCAUUUCUGAGCAGCUUCCCUGUCCCUGCUUUAGAAAAGCAUCACCACAGCAUGAUGCUGCCCCUGCCAUAUUUCACCAUGUAUAUUUUGUGUUCAGGGUUUUGAUCGUUUUACGCCUUACAGGUGACUUCUGACACAGGUAGUUGCAUUGGAUUUUAUUUAGGGGUGUCAGAGUAAAGGGAACAUGAUACAAAUGCACACCACACUUUUUAGAAUUUUAUUUGUGUAAAGGUUUUUUCCUUCCACUUCACAAUUAUGCACAUUUUAUGUUGGUCUGUGAUAUAAAAUCCCAGUAGAAUACAUAAAAAUUUGUGGUUGUAAUGUGGCAAAAAAAAAGCAAGUUUGAGGGGUGGGAAUACUUUUGCAGGGUGCAGUAGUUUCCACCUGAUGGCACCUGUCCUCUGCUCUCCUGUCGUUCUGUACAUCCUGAACAUAUCCUGAAGAUCAAAACCAUCAGCGUGACAUGGCAAGGAUUUCAGUGUGCGUCGCACCGAAAGACCAAACACUAGCUUUUAGUGUUGAUGUUUUUCUUUCAUUUUGUACUACUGUAAAAACCUAAAACAGUGUUGCUAUGGGAAACCAAGUCCACUGAUGGCUCCGCUAACAGACAUCGAGGACCCGCGAUCCAGUGUACGAUUUGCUGUAGUGUAUCUUAUUCUGUGUAUCUACCUGUGUGACAGCAUUGUGAAGACAUGUACUGGUUUUCUCAUUAGACCACAUGUUUAAUAAUAAUUGCUGCUUUUCUUUAUAUGUACAAUGCAGUUAUACUGUUGAAAAUCCUGGCAUGUAGACAGGUCUUUAACUGUAUAUUUUCUAAGAAGAGAAAUCGUUAUAGGUAAUUUUUUCCUCUGUCUGUUCAAACCGGAUUCUGAAGCUUUUCGGCAAGAUAAAGAAUAUAUGUGCAUCUGAAUGACAAUA